AUGCGAAUUUUUGUAUCACUGUGGCGCGUGGCGGCAGUGCCACCUGUCUCUUCUAGAUAUUUGGCUAAGGAAUUGCAGCGGCGUUGGAGAAAUCAGGAUCUGCAAUCUCUGAUUGAAGAAGAUGCUCAUCAAAAAGAAUGCGAGGAGCAAGUAGAAUCUGUGGCAGCGUCUGAAUAUAUGAAAUCGCAUGGGAGAAUAUUCGAAAAUGAAUUUGCAGAAGUUUUGAAUGCUCGUCAGAAAAAUGAAGCUGUUCGGUUACAGAAGGACAAUCACGAUAGCGACUGUAGCGGAAAAGUUCCGUUUUUCCCUCAUGCGAAGCUUCUUCACGUCUCCCGCUGUCCGAUAACUUCAGUAUCUUAUGACUAUCACGAUCCUUCCUCUCCUCCUCUCACAGAUUACACUGAUCGUGGAUUCCAUGUGCGACAAGGGAAGUUUAUGGACGAUUCUCCACAUAACUUGGUCCGUCGUUUUGGCCCCGUGAAAGCGACAGAAGUGAUCAGCUUCCAACUGCCGCACCAGAAGCUGGCCAGAAAGAGAAAGCAAAAAAAUGAUUCUUCUGACAACUGGAAACAUUCGUACGUGUCAGCUGGUCGAAAUUUACCGACUGUACCCGAAAGUAAGAUGAGUUGCUCAGGGUGUGGUGCUAAUUUUCAGUGUCAGGAUCCAUCUCUUCCCGGCUUCCUGCCCCCCGACCAUUUCGCUCAUGCAUCCCUGCAGUCUCCGUUAUGUCGCAGAUGUUAUCUUCUUAAGUACCACAAUUUUCUGCUGAACGUCAAUGUGUCGCGGGUAGACUUCGAACAUAUGCUUGGAUAUCUGAAGAUGUUGCAGGAAGUGUUGGUUAUUUUGCUGGUAGACGUGCUCGACUUUCCAUCUUCGCUCUAUCCCAGGCUUUCUGACAUCAUCGGACCGGCGAAGCCCCUGAUUCUUGUCGGAAACAAGGUACACCUAUUAAAGCUUUGA